AUGUCCAACACCAGCGUUGCACAGGUGCUUUCCUUUCUGCAGCCUUUGAAAGUCGAGGAUUGCUGCAUCCUUUCCAUCACGAUCCUUGUUUUUUAUGACCACUUACUUACUUUUGGACAAGAAGUACGAUAUGUCUGGAAGAGCAAGUUAUCGUCCGCCACGAUUAUUUUCUAUCUUAAUCGUUAUCUCAUUCUUGCGAUCGCUCUUGUUGAUCUUAUUGGAUUCUAUCCUUACAAUAAUGUUGUAGUAAAGGUACUGCUUCCCGCGCUUGUGCCCAAGCAAAUGCUCAUCUACUCCUUCACGACAGCUGCGAGGUCGUUGAAUAUUUAUAUACCAUUCUUGAAGUCCUUUGCUUUCUCAGCCGUUCGUGUCUUUGCCAUAAGCGGCCGUAGUUGGCCCCUAGCCUUACUAGCUCUAGCACCAGGUUUGGUCCCGUGUGGCACCUAUAUUUAUUCUGCCGUGAAGACUAUAUACAAACCUACACAUGGCAUGUUCGAAGACAGCGGUUGCAUGGCCAUUUCCACCAUGUCAGAUUCUAUUAAUGACAAUGGUGAUCAUCACUCGUGUGUGCCUGAUUGCGUCCGAUACCAUCGUUAUAUUCUCAACAUGGUACUUUACAUGGAAAGUCCAUCGGACGACAACGCAGCUGCAUACGACCAGAUCCGUCGUAACACUCCUCCUGCGAGACGGAACUCUAUACUUCCUGCUGUUGCUUUCCAUGAACGUGUUGCAAAUAACCUUCUUCCUAACACAGAAUACAUAAUCCGCAUCACGGCACUGCUCGUCUCGCGAUAUAUUCUCAACCUCCGACAUGUACAUUCACGCCACGGGGGAACACCCUCGCGCACGGCGUCUGGUGAAGGCACCGGGUAUGAAUCCGCGAUCGUCUCCAUGCCUAGUUCUGCACCAGGACACGCGUCAAUCCUUUACGGGCGACAGCGGUCAGUGUACUCGAAACACCAUUCAUAUCGAGGGGACACCGCACUGCGGGACAUGAAGUGGCGGCACAUGCACUCCACGCAGUCGCGGACGUCCGGGUACACAUAUACCCCCGGUGGAUGGAACGAUGUGCCGAAAGCGCCGUGGAAAUAUGACGAGAUCGACUGGGAAUUGGACGGUGACUACGACGAGUGGUGGUCUGAGUUGUCAGGGAACGAGGCAGCGACAGCGGUAGAGAUGGACACAAUGCGCGCGCCGUAUCGUCCCGCCGUCGGGCUUCAAGUCGCGGUUGAAAUCGAAGUUCAGAGGGACGUCGAUUCGAUCGUUGAGGAGCGGCCGCAUGGGCUGGAGGAAGUAAAGCUGUCUAGGACUGUGGACGUUGGGUACGGCGAGCCAUGA